AGAAUAUGUUCUGGCCGUUUAUACUUUUCACAAAUCGACAUUUAGUUUCCCAAGAUGGAAAAUGAAGAGAAAACACAAAAACCCCAUAAUCCUAGAGAAAACGCAAAUUUUUUGUCAAUACUUACCUUUGCGUAUACCAUACCGACAUUUCUAAAAGGAUUUCAUAAGGCUCUCACAGAAGAAGAUAUACCGCUGAUAUUAAAGCGGCACUCCUCCAAGAGAUUAGGUGACGCUUUGGAGAAAUCAUGGCAGGAGGAAUGCAAAAAAGAAUACCCCUCACUGUGGAGAGCUUUGGCUAGGGUUUUUCUGAUGGAAUUUGUGAUAUUGGGCUUACUGCUAUUCUUUCUUGAAGUGGUACUAAAAAUUAUUCAGUCGCUAUCACUGGCACGAUUGAUAGCAUUUUUUACGCACACUGGCAAUGAGAGUGUGACCAGUUCCUACAUGCAUGCUGGGAUUAUUGUAGUGUGUUCUUAUCUCAACGUUUUAUUGGGUCACAACUAUAUGCUUCUUCUACACGUUUUCGGAAUGAAACUGAGAAUUGCGUGCUGUUCGCUGAUCUAUAGGAAAUCACUGAGGGUAAAGAAAACGGAAUUGGGCGCUUGGAGUGUGGGGGAAAUGGUGAAUUUACUGUCAAACGAUGUGAGUCGCUGCGACCAUGCGGCUAACCACGCUCAUAAUUUAUGGGUUUGUCCACUAGAAACAAUAAUUAUUAUCUACAUUUUGAAUGACCGCCUCGGUUUUGUCUCCGUCAUUGGCAUUCUCUUUAUGAUCUCCUUCAUACCCCUACAGUUGUAUAUGGGAAAGAAGAAUUUUACGUUUCGCUUGAGAACGGCUUUCAAAACGGACGAACGAGUUCGACUAAUGAACGAAGUUAUAACAGGAAUUCAGGUGAUUAAAAUGUAUGCGUGGGAACAGCCGUUUACUCGUGUGGUGGAAAUGGUAAGAAAGUUAGAAAUCCAUAAUGUGCAAUUAGCUGCGUAUGUUAAAGGACUACUCUUUACCUUUUCUGGUUUCACUUCAAAGUGCGCGAUGUCCUUAACGAUCAUCACCCAUGUCCUUUUUGGGAAUACUCCACGUGCAGAGUAUGUGUUUGUCGUGGUUGCAUUUUAUAAUAUUCUGCGACAAGCGAUUACCGUGCAUUUUCCUGGGGGUAUCACAGAAUUGUCUGAACUGAAAGUGUCAAUUACAAGGUUGCGGACCUUUCUCAUGCACGAAGAAGUCGAUCAGGCCAUGCGCAAUCAGCAUUCGGUUGGGAUUAAUUGCAAAUUGGAAGAAGAGGAGAAGAAGGCGUCAACUAUACACAACGGUAGCAUGAAUGACAGCAAGAUCUGCAUGGAGCAUGCGUCUGCACAGUGGCGCAAAUUCCAGACAAAGGUUUUAAAUGAUAUAAAUAUCAUGUUGCAAGGGAAACGACUGACUGCAAUAAUAGGACCUGUCGGUGGUGGAAAAACGAGUUUGCUACAGGCUUUGCUUAGAGAACUGCCUUUAUCUUCAGGAACUUUACGCACAGAAGGCACCAUUUCGUAUGCUUCGCAAGAUCCGUGGGUGUUCGCCGGAACUAUUCAACAAAACAUACUGUUUGGAGAGUCCAUGGAUUUGGAUAGAUAUCGGAAGGUUCUUCAAGUAUGUGCGUUGGAAAGGGACCUCAAUAACCUACCGCGUGCUGACAAAACACUGGUUGGUAGCCGUGGGGUGGCACUGAGUGGUGGGCAGAGAGCCAGAAUAAAUUUGGCGAGGGCCGUGUACAAGAAGGCGGACAUUUAUUUGCUGGAUGAUCCAUUGUCGGCUGUAGACACACAAGUCGGGAAGCAUUUAUUUUCGGAAUGUAUCUCAACUUUUCUCGGCCAAGAGUGCGUGGUACUUGUAACUCAUCAGUUGCAGUUUCUAAAACACGUAGAAUCCAUUUAUGUAUUAGAAAAUGGAACUAUUGUCACUCAUGGAUCGUACGAUGAUCUAAAAAGCUCCGGCGUUGGUUAUACGGCGUUGUUGGAGACGGGACCAAUUCUGGACGAAAACGAAUCGAUGAAGAAACGAUCUUUCUUUGACAACGAAUUUUUAUUCAAUGAGGGAUCCGCAAAUAUUGAUAAAGAACGUAUUCAAUGUGGAUCAGUUUCAACUGACGUUUACACUUCGUAUAUGCGAGCAGCUGGGUCGUUUUCACGUUUAAUAUUCAUCGUGCUAAUCUUCAUUCUGACUUACGCUGCAUCAAAUGGAUCGGAUUACUUUCUAACCUACUGGGUAAAUGUCGAACAAGCAAAAACCUUCCCCAACGCAACGGGUCUAUACGUCUAUACUUACUCUUCGAACUUUACGAGAAGGAGAUGCAUUAUCGUUUACGCGAUUCUAGUAUGCCUAAUGGUAGUGAGUUCCCUACUUGGAACAUUACGUUUCUACAAUUUCUGCAUGCAAGCCUCCAGAAGUUUGCACAACACGAUGCUCGCAAGCAUUGUAAAGGCCCCUAUGGCAUUCUUUGUGAGAAAUAAUUCCGGUCGAAUUCUCAACAGAUUCUCAAAGGACAUGGGUAUGGUUGACGAUGUCUUGCCAACUGUCGCCCUUGACUGUGUAACGAUCGCAAUUUCAGUCCUGGCAAUUACGUCGAUCGUGUGCUUCCUAAAUCCAUGGAUGAUAAUCACAACUUCGAUUAUUUUCACGUUCUUCUACUUGCUGAGAAUAUUUUACUUGGCAACGAAUAGAUGCGUUAAAAGAUUGGAGGGAAGAACGCGAAGUCCCGUUUUCGCACACAUGAGUGCAUCACUGGAAGGAUUAACCACCAUUCGAGCUUUUGGGGCGGAAAGAAUACUAGAAAACGAAUUUGAUAGCCUCCAAGACUUGCACAGCGCAGUUUGGUACACAUUCUUGACUUCGUCCAGAGCUUUCGGUUUUUGGCUCGACAUGGUUUGCGUCAGUUACAUCGCCAUCACGACGUUCAGCUUCUUAGUUCGUGGAGCUGAACACUUCGGCGGAAACGUAGGGUUGGCAAUUACGCAAGCGAUGGCGUUGACAGGCAAGUUCCAGUGGGGCAUGAGGCAGUGUUGCGAAUUUGAAAAUUUAAUGACGUGCGUAGAAAGGGUUGUGGAAUAUAUUCGCAUUAAGGCAGAACCAGAGGCCUGGAAGUUAAUACCUUCAACACAUUGGCCCUGCGUAGGAAAUAUAGAAUUCCGACUGGUCUCCUUAAAAUAUACAGAAACGGAACCGAACGUACUAAAACAGCUGAGCUUCACUAUUUUCAGCAAUGAAAAAGUGGGAAUUGUUGGACGAACGGGUGCCGGAAAAACUUCUCUAAUUCAAGCUCUCUUCCGCUUAUCAACCAUUAGUGGAACAAUAUUAAUAGAUGGAAUCGACAUAUCCACAGUUCCACUACACAAUCUUCGUACUAAAAUUUCAAUCAUUCCACAAGAACCAGUGCUAUUUUCUGGGUCACUGCGUAAAAACUUGGAUCCGUUCGAGGAACAUUCUGAUGAAGAGUUAUGGAAUGCGCUUGAAGAGGUCGAACUGAAACCCUUAAUCGCCGAUCUGCCACAAGGUCUAAGGUUCAAGAUGGCCGAAGGUGGAACAAAUUUUAGUGUUGGACAAAGGCAGCUUCUGUGCUUGGCUAGAGCUAGCAUUCGCAAGAACAAAAUUCUGAUACUUGACGAAGCGACUGCAAGUCUUGAUCCAAAAACCGACGCGCUCAUUCAGAAAACAAUUAGAAGUAAAUUUUCUGAUUGUACCGUGCUUACAAUAGCGCAUAGGCUGAAUACAAUCAUAGAUUCAGAUCGAGUCAUGGUGAUACGCGACGGACAAGUGGUGGAGUUUGAUCAUCCGUACAAGUUACUUUCAGAGAAAAGCGGUGUGUUCUAUUCAAUGGUUGAGCAAGCCGGCCCUACGUCAAUGGAGUCAUUCGUCAAAAUCACAAAGGACAAUUACCAACACAAACUUGGAUAAAGGUAAUAGGUAUAUUGUCUGUCUGUCUUAAUUUAUUUGAAAU